AUGCGGAAGAUGUUCGGGCAGAUUCUGGCCAAGCGAGUCGUGACCCUGGAGUUCAGUAGGAUGAUGGGGCAGGACGACCCUUUCGACGUGCAGUUGAUCAAGCAGCAGCUCUUCGACGCGCAGCGCGAUGCGGCCGUCGUUUGCACGACGCCUGCAGCCAUCAAGUCCAUGUUCCUGCGCCACCUCGAGCUCCUGCAGCUGAACCACCUGCACCUGGGCACCCAGAAGAAGUACAAAGCCGAGAUGCACAAGGCCAAAGAUUCCGUGUCCCAGACGCGGUUGAAGAAGCGCAUGCAGGACGUGAACAAGGACCGCAUCCGCCGGUCUAUAGGCCGAGGCUUCUGUAACAAAAUGUCCUUGGGGCUUGAAAGUUCGGGUUUCCGAAAAUAG